AUGGCGACCAGCUCGGAGCGCAGCCCUCCGCCGUUCCCCGACUCCGAGGACCAAGAUGUGCUGGACACCGAGGAGGCGGGAGGCCGAGACAGCGACGAGGAGGAGGACGACGACGCCGCCGCCGGGGACGACCUCUUCGCGAGCGCGGUUAACUCUCCACUGACUGAAAAUAACAGCACGCCACCAGCUGCCAGUCAACCCAGCGACGUUUCAAUGAAGCCUCCCCAUGACAUCAUGGAUGAUCCCUUAAUCGAGCCCGUCGGCACCGAAAACAAACCGACGAGCGACGAUGCGAGCGAGCCCUCGGAUGACUUUGUCGACCUCACGAGCAACAUAACCGAUUCCCCCAUGGACACAACCGAGAUCUCUUUAGAUGAACCCGCCGAUGAUUUUGUUGACAUAUUUGGAGGUGAAGCUGAAGCUCCGCGAGGCAAAGUCGUGGUGGCGGACGUUACUAUCGAAGCAGCAGCGGAUAAAAGCGAAGCGACCGAUGAUGUCACCGAUCCACCCGGAGACAGGAAAACGGGAAGCACUGAUGAGAAAGAGGAAGCAAAAGAAACGUCCACAGAUUCAAUUAUUGACCUCAGCGAUGAUUUGCUAGCCGGUGACUCACAACAGCCGCCACCUGCCGGGGGCAUAUUCGUUGACCCGCUGGUGAACCUUCUAAGUGAUUCUCCACCCGCUGCCGACGCCAAAAUCCCCAACCGGGCCACAGUCGAUCUGUUCGAAGACGAGGGAAGCGACUUCUUCUCGGAUCCCCGGCAGCAUAAACCUGCCCAUCAGCUGCAGAAGAGCCUCUUCGACGAACCCGACGGGGAUCUGUUCGGCGAGCCGCUCGGGGCCGCGUCAAAGAAGCCCGUCGUCAAGGAGCCGAGGGCGAAGCCUGUCCCAACCAAAGCCGCCGGCAAUGUUGGCAACACGGGCGGUCCUCUGCAGCGCGGCAAUCCUGCAGAGGCUGCUGAUCUCUUCUCUGAGGAAGCCGUCGCCGCGGUGCCUGGCAUCAAGAACGCCAGCGCGGUCAACCCCAAGACUAACGGCGUCCAUUCUGAGGAGGAGACGGAUAUAUUUGCCGAAGCCACCGUGGAGCUUUCUCUGGACAGUCCGAUGGACGAGAGACGGAAAGACGUGUCGGCCAAACCGUCUGCGUCUGCCUCCUCCUUGUCAGCAGCUGCCAGCCUGGCCAAGUCCCAGUCUGCUUCCCUGGAAGAGUUGGAUGAAGAGGAGGAAGAAGAGCAGGAAGACAAAUUUGAGAUCAACAUCUCUGUCAAAGACCCUGAAAAAAUAGGUGAUGGGAUGAACGCCUACAUGGCCUACAAAGUAACCACACAGACCCCGCUGCCCAUGUUCCGCAACAAGACCUUUACUGUGAGGCGACGCUUCAGCGACUUCCUGGGUCUCUACGAGAAGCUGUCUGAAAAGCACGGACCCAACGGCUUCAUCGUGCCUCCGCCCCCAGAGAAGAGCAUUCUGGGUAUGACGAAGAUGAAGGUGGGAAAGGAAGAUUCCUCAUCUGCAGACUUCGUGGAGAGAAGGAGAGCCGCUCUGGAGAGAUAUCUCCAGAGGGUCGUGAAUCACCCAUCACUUCUCCAGGACCCGGAUGUCAGAGAGUUUCUGGAGAGAGAGGAACUUCCCAGAGCAGUGGGCACACAGGCCCUGAGCGGCGCCGGCUUCCUGAAGAUGAUCAACAAAGCAACAGACGCCGUCAGCAAAAUGACCAUCAAGAUGAACGAGUCGGACGUGUGGUUUGAAGAGAAGCUGCAGGAGGUGGAGUCUGCAGACCAGCAGUUCCGGAAGCUCCACGUGCUGGUCGAGUCUCUGGUCGUUCACAGGAAAGAGUUGUCGUUGAACACAGCCAGCUUUGCCAAAAGCACGGCCAUGCUGGGCAGCGCAGAGGACAACACCGCCCUGUCCCGAGCCCUCUCUCAGCUGGCAGAGGUGGAGGACAAGAUGGAGCAGUUACACCAGGAGCAGGCUGCUAACGACACGUUCAGCUUCGCCGAACUCAUCGCGGAUUACAUCCGCCUGCUUGGAGCCGUCAGGGGGUCGUUUGAUCAGCGGAUGAAGGCGUGGCAGCGUUGGCAGGACGCUCAGGCCGCUCUGCAGAAGAAGAGGGAGCUGGAGGCCAAACUGCUGUGGGCCAACAAGCCCGACAAGCUGCAGCUGGCCAAAGAGGAGAUCGCUGAGUGGGAGGUGAAAGUGACGCAGUACGAGAGAGACUUUGACAAGGUUUCUGCUACUGUGCGCAAGGAAGUGAACCGCUUUGACAAAGAAAAGGCCAAGAACUUCAAAAGAGCGAUAAUUACCUACUUGGAGUGUCAUCUUCAGUCUCAGCAACAGCUCAUAAAGUACUGGGAGGCUUUCUUACCAGAAGCAAAAGCAAUCGCCUAAUUCUCGAGCACCUGGCUUUCGGACGACUUAACAGCCUUUUUCUUAUACACUUUACCUCUUGCCUUUAAACCAAGGAGAACGCGCGCAUUGUAAAGGGAGAUACAAUCAACCUGUUUUUUUUUUUUUUGUUUUUUAAAUCACCUUUAACAUAUAGCUCUGUACUCUAUUGUAUUAAUAAUUGUAUAUUUCCACUUAACCUUCCACAACUAUUUUCUUAAAAGAGAAGAGUUUGCCUAUACAGCGAUAUGGACACGGGAGAAAAGAUGAAUGAUUCCAGUAGUUUGAAGGAGGGAAGGGAAGCGAGUCCGUCCGUUCUCAGGAUCUUCUCCCCCCCCCCCCCGCUGUGAUGGGGAGCUCCUUCACAUGCGCUCUGGUUAAUUGUUUACAGGCUGCUCUCUCGUCCAAUAUUUCUGGGGACCCAGAGGAAGAAAGUGGCCGAGAGUCUCACUAUGUUUUUCUACCACUAAAAGGGAAAAAAAAAAGAUUUAUGAGCACUUACCAGGUGGAUAAAGUACUUAAUACCAGCCAUGUUUUUUGUUUUGUCUUUCUGAUUUGAAAUGCUAUUAAUGCUGGUGGGGGGGGGGGGGGGGGGGGCAGUGUCUACAGCUGGGGUCAAGGGUUGCAUUGUAGGUCAGAGAUUUGUGAGCUCAAUGUUUCGGAGAGGAUGUCAAUCACAGUGCAAACGUCACUCUUAUAACCACACAUGUCUGUGCCUUUUUCAGUCAGAAUGGUGUUUUUUGGUGUUUUCCCACUUUGGGGCUCGGAGAACUACGCUGGUGUUUUCAUGUUUAAGCCCGUUUACUACAAAUCCUUUUCCUCUAUUUCUGCUUACAACUGUGGAAAAAAAAUAGCGCUUACAAAAGGGGGGGAGGAUCCGGUCUGUUGCGUAACUUAUCUACAAAAACCAAGCCACAGCGAUUCUGAGAGAAACUGACAUGUCGACUGUAUGCAACAACAUUCCUGAGCAAGUCUGCAGGUCCACGCUGUGGAAGUGAAAUGAAUGCAAAGCAAACGCUGCCUGUUGGGUUGUGAGUUCUGCUUUAAGCUGUACUUAAUACAGGUAAUAUGCAAAUAAAAGAUCACUUCAGUGUGUUAUUCUGUCAAAACAAAAAAGUUAUUUUGCCUAUGACAGGCCAACGAAGCCCAGGAGACAUCUUGAAAUAGUUUUAUCAGACUAUCAAUUUGAUUCUUCUUUAUAUUUUGUAGGUAUCGAGCGAUUUCUUAAAGUUUUGGGUCGCCAGCGAGAGUCGGUGCCGACUUUUCAGAUUCCUCCGCACGCAGAAACACGAAAAGAUACUGACACACUACGGUGAACGUACAUCAACAGGGUGCCAUCUUUCAUUUCCAAUGAUAUCGAGCAGAUCCUCACAUUUGAGGAACUGGAACCAGCAGCUUUUCUUUUAAUCAUCUAACAUGAUAAUAUAUAAUCAAUACUUUUGUGGAUUUAUUGUGUGUUGAUCUGGUAUUCAUUUCAUCACUAAAUAAUACUGUGAGGGAUAAAAUGGGCAACUGUCCUAAAAAAAAAAAAAUAGAUUACUAAACAUAAU